AGUCGUUAUGCGAUCGCCAUCUCUAUUUUCACCUGUAUUAAUCUUUGAGAUUAUAAAAGUCUAAACAAUAAAGAUACGAAAAACAGAACGGGUCUUUUUAAACAUUUUCAACAACGAAUUAAGUGAACAAAGCUUAAUUAGCAGAUUUUCGAAAAGAAAUACGAAACAAUAUAAGUUAAAGAGAACCUUUUGUUCCUUCGUAGGAAAAGAAACCAAUUUUAUUAACAAGUUGGAAGAAACAUGAAAAAAAAAAUACGUAGUUUUUUCAAAUUAUUUCUAGAGAAGGCAAUGUGGCAAAAUAUAUGGCUAGAUCUUCUCCAAAAAAAAGUUUACUUGGAGGAUUAAAUAUGGAAGAAAUCUUGUAAACAAUGUUUUUAUUGUUAGCUGUAGUUAAAAGAAAUUUAUCGAUAAAAGUUAGUCAUAAAAUAAUUUUUAUUAUUAACAAAGAAAAGUGGAUCAAUUAUUCAAAAUGGAUCAAAAUGAUUCCAUUAAUAAAUAAGAUAACUCCUUUUCAAGUUUAUUCAAACCAAAAAGAUAAUCCUAAGCACUUUUAUCAAGAUAGUCAGGAAGAGAUUAAUCUCCUAUUAAUUUAGAAAGAUUUAGAAGUUGGGAUACAAAAUUAGAUCUUCAAUUAAAGCAAUUAAAUAAUUCUAAAGACCUUAACUUUUAUAAAUAUUCUUAGUAGCCUUAAAAAGAGAAUAUUUAUGAGACUAGUAAGCCACUUCAAACUAAAGACAUCUUUAAUAUGAACAAAAACGCAAAUAAUUUUAAUAAAUUUUUAAAGAAUUCAUCACCACCUAAAUUCAUUGAAAAAAUACCUUUGACCGAAAUAGUUAAAAUGCAAUCAUAUUUCUCAUAAUUGCCAACUGCAGAAAUUGUUACAAUCCCUAGAGGGUAUAUAUUUAUUUUUUAUUUUAAGAUAUAUUUAAGAAUUAUAAAAUUUAUAGCAAACUCUAGCUAGAGUUGUCAAAUAGUCGUCCUAAAUUAUUUGA